CUUCUGUUUGUCGCUUUACCUUUUCCUCUGCUCUUAGAGAGAGAUCAAUCUUCUCCUUCUCCUUCACCAGCACCAUCUUUUUCAUUCUCUCCAGAAGAUUUUGCUUUAUAUAUACAUAUAAAUAUAUCUGUCCUCUAUCAUUUUCCAUGGCGGUUACACCUAGAAGCUCUUCCGGCUUGGAAUUGACCAUAUCUGUCCCUGGCCUUGCUUCUCCUCCUCGUCUUCCUUUAUCUGCGGUGAGAGAGUUGGACAUGAACCGAGUACCGUCAUCAGAAGAGGAAUGGAUAACAAUGGAAGAGGAAGAAGAAAGCAGUAACGGAGGAGGAGGUCCUCCGCGUAAGAAACUCCGUCUGACCAAGGAACAGUCUCGUCUCCUCGAGGACAGCUUCAGACAAAACCACACUCUGAACCCAAAGCAGAAGGAAUCAUUGGCAAAGCAGCUGAAUCUGCGAGCCAGGCAGGUGGAAGUGUGGUUUCAGAACCGUAGGGCCAGGAGCAAGCUGAAGCAGACAGAGAUGGAGUGCGAGUACUUGAAGAGAUGGUUCGGAUCCCUGACAGAGCAGAACAGAAGACUGCGCAAGGAGGUGGAGCAGCUCAGGGCCAUGAAAGUGGGUCCCCCGACCGUGAUCUCUCCCCACAGUUGCCACCCGCUCCCCGCCUCCACCCUCACCAUGUGCCCUCGCUGCGAGAAGGUCACCGCCACCGCCACCCCCGCCGCCGACACCGGCCCCACCGUCUCCUCCUCCCUCCUAUAAUCUUGCAAUGUCCUCUCUCUCACUAAAUGCCAAAAAGCAAUCUCUUCUCUUCUCUCUCCUCUUAAUCUUUAUACCUUUUUCUUUUUUUAAACAAAAAUUGGGUCUUGGAUGCUGCCAUCAUGCCGGGCCAUACUUUGCACUAGCACUUUGCGAUCAUCAAUUAAUUAGGCCACUGUAACCGUAAGUUCCCCAUGUUAUACGUGAAUCUUUGAAGCCAAUCACCUCUGGAGUUUCUAGCUAGUCCCCCACGCGCUGCAUUAUUUUGCUUACUCCUUGAAGCAUCCACUUGUAUCCGCCACCCUUAUGAAUUUAUAAACACGUUGUUUUCGCCACAAAAUUAAUUAAUU